CACAAGAUCCCAAACAGCGAGCGGUGUGUGACUCGAGGCACCGCAUUCUGCAUGCAAAUGCAAGAAAGAGAACAGGGCUGACAAGCUGCUGCUACACAAAAUAAUGCAGUGCUCCUGCUAGCCUGGAUCAGAUUGCUGCUGGGUUUAGUUUUUUUGGUUUUUUGGUUUUUUUUUUUUGUUUUUGUUUGUUUUUGUUUGUUGGUUGUUUUUUUGUUUUUUUUUUUACAGGGGUCUGAAUGAAAUCCUCAUGAUCGCUACAUGCUCGUUCUACAAUAGCACACCCCAGUCACGUCUCCUUGCAAGCACAUUUCACUGGAAUCACUGAGCAGAAGCAAAGAAGAGCUGACGAGUUAUGUGUUUCCAACACGGGCUGCCGGAGCCCUGCCUUUGCCAUUGGCUGCAGUUCCCCAGUUUAUUUGCAGCUUCCCCCAUCUGGAAUAUGAAAAUGGGAUUGGAGUAGAUAAUUGCUAGCAGCGGGUUUUCGAGAGAGGCUUGGAGGGAGGAGAAUGCCUCUCGCACAGCACAGGCUGGGAGAGCUCUGAGAGGUGAUUUUAGAUGUUACCCACGUCUGAAUCUCCUGGAAACUUUGCCGUGGAAGAAGCAAGACACUGCGCACAAUCCUGGAACUGACAUCCAGAAGGGGCAAGGAAAGGGCAGCAGGGCCAAACAAUGGGAUACGGUGUCCUUGGAGUGCCCAGAGAAAAGCCAGCAAACAUUCCCUUCUGCUCCCCAACAAGAAGAGCAUAAAGGCAACAAUGAACUGAAUUUUUACCCAGUAAAGGCUUCAGGAGCUUUUAAGUAAGGAUGGGAUACACUGACCCUUCAUCAAGCAGGGAUUUGCUGGGAAACAGAACUUUGUUCUUCAUAUUCAUCUGCGCCUUUGCCGUGGUCACCUUGCUGCAGCAGAUCCUCUACGGGAGAAACUAUCUCAAAAGAGGGCUGCAGUUUAGCUGGCAGAAUGGAGAGGAAUUGGCAAAUUGGACCGGCACCUUUAAUUUCACGGAUGGCGGAGCAGUGAAGAGUGGCAGUGACACAGGCACCAGGUAUUUUGAGUUUUAUGAAGGGCCUUUGGAAUACAACUCCACCAAAUGCCUGGAAUUACGUCAGGACAUCAUCGAGGUGAAGGUUUUGUCUAUGGUGAAACAAACUGAAUUGUUUGACAGAUGGAAGAGCCUACAGAUGUGCAAGUGGGAGAUGAAUGUCACUGAAGCUAAUUUAUUCAAGUCCACUUUGUCAAAGUGUUGCAAUGCCCCUGCCUUUCUGUUCACCACCCAGAAAAAUACUCCUUUGGGAACUAAACUGAAAUAUGAAGUGGAUACUAGUGGAAUCUUCCAUAUCAACCAAGAGAUCUUCAAAAUGUUUCCAAAGGACAUGCCGUACCACCGCUCCCAGUUUAAGAAAUGUGCAGUGGUUGGGAAUGGAGGAAUUCUGAAGAACAGCAAGUGUGGCCGGGAGAUUGACAGUGCAGACUUCGUGUUCCGGUGCAAUUUGCCUCCCAUAUCUGAGAAAUACCUUACAGACGUUGGGGUAAAGACAGAUGUUGUGACUGUCAAUCCCAGUAUAAUUACUGAGAGGUUCCACAAGCUGGAGAAGUGGAGGAAGCCCUUUUACGACGUGCUCCAGGUCUACGAGAACGCCUCCGUGCUGCUGCCAGCUUUUUACAACACUCGUAACACAGACGUUUCCAUCCGGGUGAAAUAUGUCCUGGAUGAUUUUGAGUCUCAGCAAGCUGUUUAUUAUUUUCAUCCCCAAUAUCUCAUCAAUGUCUCUCGCUACUGGCUCGGCCUGGGGGUGCGGGCCAAGCGGGUCAGCACCGGACUGAUCUUGGUGACAGCUGCCCUGGAGCUCUGUGAAGAGGUCCACCUUUUUGGCUUUUGGGCCUUCCCCAUGAACCCCUCAGGGAUUUUUAUUACUCACCACUACUACGACAAUGUGAAACCUCGCCCUGGUUUUCAUGCCAUGCCCUCAGAAAUCUUCAACUUCCUCCACAUGCACAGCAAGGGGAUCCUGCGGGUUCAUACAGGGACCUGCAGCUGCUGCUGAUGGGGAUGCUUUUCCUCUGGAUGCAGCUCAAUACCUGUGCAUGGUGUAGGAGGUUUUAUUGCACCCUGAGAUUAUGCAAUAAUUGUUUGAUAUAAAUUUCCUCAAGGCAUUGCAUCCCAUAGGAUCCCAUAGGAUACCAGCAUCUUUCUGGCUAGCAGAGCUGGGUCCCUAACAGUGAGGCAAAACUCUUCUAUCCCAGGGCAUACACACUGCCCUGGAAAGUAAGUCACAUUAGAAGCACAUUUCCAAUAGGUUUAGGGAUAAACAGAGCACAUUAAUAUAGUUACCAUUUCACUAUAAAGAAAAGUACCAAACUUUUCAGGAGAAUUGGUGAUAGAAAAUUUUAGCAUAAACUGUAAAACUUUACAUCUAUUACUGAAUCAAGUACCUUGGGGCAUCGCCAGAUUUUAUUGAAAUCACUCUUCUCUGGCAUUUUGGGAUUUGAAAAUAUUCUCUAGCAUUAUAGUUUUAAGGAGAAGUAUAUAUCUUGAGG